CCGCUUUGUCCCCGCCGCGCGGCGGACGCGCCCGGACCAUGAGCGAUGACCCGACGCCCUGGGACAACGCGACCGAGAGCAGCACGGCGGUGCCGGGCACCGUGGCCCCCCAGGACGGCUACGUGCUGCUGCUCGCCUUGCUCUCCAUCUUCAUCGGCGGCACCUUGGUGCUGCUCUCGGGCAUCCUGAUCCUGUGUCGCCGCUGCUGCGAGGCCGAGCGCCGCCACUCCAGAGCCAGCGAUGACCCCGAGAAGACCAACACCACCUACCUGGAGGACUCGCAGCCGGCGCAGGACAUCACCAUCAAGGUGGAGGACCCCGAGUGCCUGUCGUCCUCCAGCUACCGGGACGCGGAGGGCGAGCGGUUCCUGUCGUCCAGCUCCUCCAGCGCCCGCCGCGUCUCCUUCAACGAGGCGGCGCUUUUCGAGCAGAGCAAGAAGAGCCACGAGAAGGGCCGGAGGUACACUCUGACCGAGGGCGACUUCCACCACCUGAAGAACGCGCGUCUGACCCACCUGCACCUGCCUCCCACCCUCAAGAUCGUCACCAUCCACGAGUGCGAGGCGAGCGAUAACAGCCUGGCCAUGACGCCGCGGCUGCCGCCCGCCAAGCCCGGCCUCGCCAUCUUCCAGCCGCCGGCGGGAGCGCUGCCGCCGCCACCGCUGCCCAGCGCUGCCGCGGGCCCCAGCUCCGCCCUGCCCGGCGACACCUUCAACUCCACCGCGGACGCCGAGGGCAGCGCGGCUGCCGCCGCUGCCGCCGGGGAGGGCCCCUCGUUUGCAGCAGCUCCCAGGAGUGGGAAGGCAGCCGGGGCGGGUGGAGGGGGGGCCGGCCCUGCCACGGCCCCCGCGCAGGGCACCGUGCUGCAGUUCUUCACCCGCCUGCGCCGCCACGCCAGCCUGGAUGGCGCCAGCCCCUACUUCAGGAUCAAGAAGUGGAAGCUGGAGAGCACCCAGCGAGCGUCGAGCCUGGACACCAGAGGCUCCCCCAAGCGGCGGCAGUUCCAGCGGCAGCGCGCAGCCAGCGAGAGCAUGGAGCAGGAGGACCGCGACCCGCACCAGACCGACAUCAUCCAGUACAUUGCCCGCACGGAUGCCGUGGCCUUCCUGCCCUCGCCCGCCAGCCCCCCAGCCUCUCUCGGCAGGCUAGAGGCGGGCGAGGGGGGCGCGGGCGGCCCCGGCGAGGCCAGCGCCUGCCACGACCUGUGGAGCCUGCGGGCCUCGCUCGAGCUCUGCGCCGCCUCCGAGCGCAGCAACGACCAGGACUCCGUGCGCAGCGACGGCGGCGACAGCGUCGGCUCCGCCAGUGGCCUGGCCGCGGGCAUCCCCCGCUCCUCCUCCUCCCUCGAGGAGGCCGAAGGCCCCGACGAGAAGCCCUGGGACCGGCCCAAGCCUGAGCCUGACUCGGAGCCUGGCACACGCAAACUGCUGCAGAUGGACAGUGGCUACGCGUCCAUCGAGGCACCGGCGCGGGUGGGCGACGAGGGACCGCUCAAGGACCAGACGGCCUCCGAGAAGCGCAUCUGCUUCACAAGUGCGGGCAGGAAGGGCACCAUCUUCGAGAGCUUCGAGGGCCGCGAGCCGGGCGACGAGGAUGAGGAGGAGGAGGAGGAGGAGGAGGGCGGCGCGGCGGGUGGGGGGCCCGCGCCGCUGCCCCCCAGCCCCCUGGCCUGGUGCCCCUACGGGCAGAUGCUGUCGGGGCGGGAGGCGCCGCCGCGGCGGCGGGACUACAGCAUCGACGAGAAGACGGACGCGCUGUUUGCCGCCUUCGUGCGCCACGACCCGCAGUUCGACGAGUCGCCGCCGCGCGGGGCCAAGCACCGCUCCCGCGCGCACCUGCGCAAGCAGUGGCAGCACGCGAAGCAGUACAGCGACCCCGGCGUGCGCUACCCUGCGCUCGAGCGGCACCGCACGCCGCUGCGCCGCGGCGACAGCGCCAACUACCCGCUGGACGGCGGCCGCGGCGGCGCCGGCGGCCUCGGUCGCCUCCGGGGUUUUCGGUUCGGAUCCGCGGGCGGCUCCCGGAGCCGCGGGGUGCUGGGCACGGCGCCGUCUGCAGAGAGCACAGGGAUGGACGGGCCCGUCAGCCAGGGGCUCCUUGGAGCUGCCACUGCCCCCGGCGGGAGCCGGGAAGGAGGGUUCCAAGGGGAGCCGGGGCCAUUCCCGUCCACGGGUCACCCCGAUCCCUGCAGGAGGGCGGCAGCACCGACGGCGGCGCCGGGAUGGGAAUGCCGAGCGGAGCGGUGGCCCCACGGGGAGCUCUGCGCGCUGCUGGCCCGGCCGGCCCCGCGCAGGUGA